UCCGCAGGUGGCGAAACAGGUUGGCAGAGGAGAGGCACCACCUGCCGGCUCUGGGCACCCUUCUCCGAGGUGGAGGUACGACAGGCUCUUUUGCGCUCUCCUUGAACAGCAGCGGUGGCAUCGCAGGCACCUUCAGGAUGUUGCAGAUCUUCUCCUAUCUGAGCGCUGAAAUCGACUGGUGUGAAGCCAACUUUGAGCGCUCCGAAUAUAUUGCUGAAUAUUACAACACGAUCAGCAACGUGGCCUUUUUCAUCUUGGCCCCCAUGUUGUUGUGGCUCAACACUGAUUAUAUCAGAUAUCGCCCCCUGCCGAUUCGGGGCUUCGUCAUCCUGCAGCUGUUUAUUGGCAUCUUCUCCUUCUACUACCACAUGACCCUGAGCUAUGCGGGGCAGCUGUUGGACGAGCUGUCCAUCCUCUGGACGCUCUGCAUCUCCUACGGCUUCUGGUUCCCCAUCCGCUACUUCCCCUCCUUCAUCAAGAACAGGGAACAGUUCCUCACCCUUGUGGCCACAGUGACCGUGACCAGCACCCUGCUGUCCUUCGUGAAGCCGGCCCUCAACGCCUACAUCCUCAACUGCGCGGCCUUCCACCUGCUCUACCUGAUCUUCCUGGAAGUGCGGAGGUUCAGCACCCCGGAGAUCAAACGUGAGGCACUGACCAUGACCUUCUGGUGGGUCAUCGCCAUCAGCUGCUGGCUGGUGGACAAAUUUUUCUGUGGCUUCUGCCAAAGGCUCAACUUCGCCUACCUCCACAGUUUUUGGCACGUCUUCAUCAAUAUCGCCCUCCUCCGCUGCAUCACCCUCAUCCUCUUCUUAGACAUCUCUCACGACCUGCCGAGCAGCGAGCCCUCCAUGGAGUACUGGCCGAGCAGCAGCUUCCCCCUGGCGCUGCCCUACAUCAUGAUCCGGAAGCCCCUGAAGUGGUGCUAGCGGCACGGUCAGUUGGGGCCACCCUACUGGGUCCUCCAGGAUGGAACCCGGCAGCUUUUUGUGGGGGCCUUGGGGAGCCCGGGAGG